AUGUUUCGUAUCUGUUCAUAUUCUUCUCACAAACCGCGGCGGAAACCUCCUCCUCUCGCUUUCUCCGCCGCUCUCAAUGCUUCCUUCUCAUAUCUCAACACUAACAACGCCAAAUUACAGAAAUACGCAGUGUUCACGCAAAGAGAAAUGAAAGGAGAAACACUUACUUUUCAGAUUGCUCUAACGGAUUUUCAAGUGUUGUUUGAUGAUUUGAGUGCCGCUGUCGAAGCUUUCUCAGAGAGUGAAUUUUUAGAAAUUCUCUCGGUUGUGUUAUGUUGGAGAUUAAAGAAUAACAGUCAUGAUGGAAAUGGAUUUGUAUUUUUCCACUUUCGUGCUACAUUUGGACUGUCCUUGGACAGGUUUUUGGCAAGUUGUGGUGCAGGUUUUACAUCAAAGCAGUAG